GAAAUGGGUAUUUUCACCUUUUUCGAACUCUCGAACGGCGAAAUAACUAUUUGUUAUAGCAACUAAUCAGUAUGGCAACAUCUUUAACCACAAUGUCUCAGCAUCCCUGUGUUUCGUGAAAAAAUUUCUUUUCGUAUUUCGUGAAAAAAUUUUCGUACCUGUUUUUCAGAAAUUGUGCUAAAAGUGUGAAGUGAAGUGUUUUUCCUUUGAAAUUGCGUUAUAUUUCUCGUGUAAAAGGUUUUAGUGCCUCAAUUGAAAAGUUUAUUCACAAGCAUAGUGAGAGAAAUGCAUAUUCAAAUGGAUCUAUAUUAAAUUUUGUUCGGGGAAGUUGUGACGACUUUGUUCAUAAUUAUUCUCUUCACACUUACACUCCCUUUCCAAUCGCUAGAGAUUGUGUUUAAGCAAGGACUCCUUAGCGUGUGCUCCAGUUUUGAAAUGCAGGAUUAGGAAUAUCGAUGUUCUGCUCUGGUAAACUCUGCUUCCAGAAGUGUUGAAAUAUUUGAUAUACACGCACGACUUCGUUUUCACAUAAGUAGCAGCAGCAUUCCAUCUGUAAUUCGUCAAAAUGAGUGGUGGAGGUGCAUCAUCCGGAUCCUGCUCUGGAGAGAAGGAUAAGGACUCGCAUUGGUAUUUUAGUGCCGAACAGCUAACUAGUUCACCAAGUCGUCGACAGGGAAUAGAUGCAGACACGGAGCUCUCGUAUCGACAAAUGACUGCAUAUCUAAUUCAAGAAAUGGGUCAACGGUUACAAGUCUCACAACUUUGCAUCAACACUGCCAUUGUGUAUAUGCACCGCUUCUAUGCGUUCCAUUCAUUCACGCAUUUCCAUCGCAACAAUAUUGCGGCAGCGAGCUUGUUCCUAGCUGCUAAGGUUGAAGAGCAGCCUCGAAAGCUUGAACAUGUUAUUAAGGCUGCUAAUAAGUGCCUUAGCCAGCCAACGUCUUCCACCACGGACGCUUAUUAUAUAGAGCAAGCACAAGAACUUGUGUUUAAUGAGAACGUUUUAUUACAAACACUUGGAUUUGACGUCGCAAUAGAUCAUCCGCAUACGCAUGUCGUAAAGACAUGCCAUUUGGUUAAAGCAUGCAAGGAUUUAGCACAAACUUCUUAUUUUCUGGCUUCUAACAGCCUUCAUCUGACAUCUAUGUGCCUGCAAUAUAAACCGACUGUAGUUGCUUGUUUCUGCAUCUACUUGGCUUGCAAGUGGUCACGUUGGGAGAUUCCUCAAUCAACGGAAGGAAAACACUGGUUUCACUAUGUGGAUAAAACUGUGACCAUGGAUUUACUAAAACAAUUAACUGAUGAGUUCAUCGCCAUUUACGAGAAGAGUCCAUCCCGCCUCAAGUCCAAAUUGAAUUCGAUAAAAGCCCUUGCCCAAAAUGCUAGUAACCGAGUAAUCAAUAAGGAAAAGAAACUUCCACCCGAGGAGUGGAAAAUGGGUGAUAUGAUGAAAAUGUAUGCCCAUGACACACCUGGUAGUAGCGGAAGCAGUGGUGGUAACAGUAAUCCUUACUCUCUAACUUCGGUUGGGGUAGAACAGACUCAGUCGCAGUCGUCCGCAUUACUGCCGCCUCCUCCUCCACAGACUCAGUUGCCGCGAAAAAGCGAGUUGCAUUCCAGUCAACAUCGCUCACACCAUAAUUCUUCCUCACAUCAUUCGAAAAUCAAUUUUCCAUCAUCCGAUGUUAUCGAUCAUAAAAAUAAUCACAAACAGCAGCCGUUCAGUGGAGUUGUUAGCCGGCCACGUGAUCAUUCGCAAUCGUCUCAGGGGCAUCAACAAUCUUUGAUUUCAAGCAAUCCGUCACGAUCAAGUCUUUCGACACCUAGCGGGCGAUCUUUGAGUAGCAUACCUGGUCAAACGCGGCAAACUUCACAAAAUCACCAACUAGAUGUGAACUAUCACAAAUCUCGCGAAAAGAGUAACGUUAUGAGUUCGUACCCACACACCGUACCAUCACAACCCAUUUCUGGACACAAAGUCUCACAAAAGCAAGACUCGAAUCGAGUGACUCCGAAAGAGCAAACUGCGGGAAAAAUGUCCGAGCCAGGCAAAAGCGUCAGCAAUAAUAGUAAUAAACUUUUCCCACCUAGUUCUUCAAUGGCACAGUAUGGAAGUAACGUUUCACAACCUCAAAAUAAAUUGGAUAUGGGCCAAGAUUUGCCACGCAACUUAAUACAUGGUCAACGUGGUUAUGGGAUUAAUAAUGGUUCUGGAAGUGGGUCACUAUUAGGUAGUUAUCAGUCACAGCACACUCGUCAGAGUACCAACAACAGUAGUAGUAACAGCAAACACGAGUUAUCAAAACCCGCAAACAUCCACCUUCAGCAACAUGGUAAGCAGCUGUCUAUUCCACCUGAGUCAUCAUAUGGCGCUGCAACGCAUGAGUCUCAACAACCGCCUACACAUACACAAACUCAUCCUACUGCCGGUUAUUUGAACAUUCGUCAGCCAGAGGCUUUACACAACGAAGACAUUAAUUCUACUCAGCUUUCAUCAGUCCAUGCUAUGUUACAACAAACAACGAAUGUGAAUCAAUCAAAAACUUCUAUGUUUAGUCCCGACUGGGGUGGGAAAAUGCAACAACAACAGCAAUCGCAACAAUUAAUGACUGGAAAUACUUAUGUUAAUAGUAAUGUGCCAGCAGUUUCUGGAGGAGAUGCUUUUAAUUACAAAUUUCCACCAAAUAAGGAGGCAGAUCGAGAGAAAAGCACGUCUGAUCGCAUGGACCUGAAUGCAACGACUCUUAAAAAGGAGCGGAAUCGAGUUGUACAUCCGGCUAUGGAUGUAACUGGUUCAGUGAUGAUGGGUGUUCGACCUAAUGCAGCUCAAUCCCAGUUCCACCAACCGAUUCAACAACAACAGCAAUCGAUAAAGACAAGCAUGCCAAAGAAAAUGGACUCCGGCAUCAUUGGUGAGCUUACUGGUUUAAAUAGUGGUAUCAAACGUCCCAAUGAAGGUUCCUACAAACAAGAAGAGGAGCAGCAUAAGAUUCGAAAACUUGAUACUCCUUCUACAUUGUCGUCAUAUAACGAGUUAAAGACAACUGAUGCUAAUAAACUACAUGUGGUGAAUGGAAUAGAAACCAAUCCAGAUCUGGUAAGAAAUUUGUUGAAGGAAAGUCUUUGCACUUCCAACGCUCUCCUGAAAACAGAACAGUUGGGAGCACCAAGUCUGCAACCACCAGCUGAACUUUUUGAGCCAUCUGUGACAGCUACUUCGACAAUGGCUGUUCCGACUUCUGAUACUUCAUUAAAAUCGACAAGUUUAAGUAGUGGUACUGACCCGUUGUCUGCGGAAACGAAUGAGUCAAGCAGUAAUAAAGCUGAGAAGAAGAAGAAAAAGGAGAAGCAUAAACACAAAGAGAAAGAUAAGUCGAAAGAUCGUGAAGAGCGAAAGAAGCAUAAAAAAGAAAAAGAUAAGCAUAAGGAACGCGAUCGUGGUGAACCAUAUGGUUCGGAGCAUGUAAAGAUUAAAAUAUCUAAAGAUAAAAUUGAAGGUUCUGCAGAAUCCUUAAAAAUAAAAAUACCGAAAGAUCGUAUAAUAAAUGAUGUGAAUAGUAGUUCUGGAAGCGCUAAUAAUGGUGUAGAUGUCGGCAGUGGUACGCAUCCCGCACCAGCAUUAAAGAUCAAAAUUAGCAAAGAUAAAUUGGAAAAUUAUGCCACAGAAUCUUCCGCUCAUUCGUCUUCGCAACAAGCGCAUGCGCUGGCGCAAGCAGCAACGGGAUUUUAUUCGUCUUUCGUGACGCCUAAUAAUACAUCGGCCUCUCAUAGUAGUAGUGGUAGUGGAAAAAAAAAGGAUCGUGACCGUGACAAAGAUCGGGAGCGAGACAAGGAAAAAAAACGGACUGGCAGUGAACUUGUGAAGUCGAAUGGAGGUGGGUUAACUCAUUCGACAAUAACAUUACAAGGUGGAGCGGGUGGGCCGCUGUUAUCACAUCUGCCACCCACAACAACUGCAACAUCAAAGAGCCAAAACCCCAACAAGAUGCAACUGUUAUCGAAUAAUAUGAAUCAACUCUUCGGAGAGUCGAAUGAUGAUGACGACGACUAUGAUGAUAAUAAGAGUGUUAAUCAUAAAAAUUAUAAGGAUUGUUAUAAAAGUAGAGUUCAUAACACGGACUCCUUCACAUCUACAUCUGCUUCCACCAAAUCUGCAGGUUCUAUUCGUAAAAGCACUGAUUACGGGCCAAUAUAUUCUCAAUCGCAACAUUAUACGCAACGAUGAUGAACAUAAUCACCAUAAAACAAUUGUUUUAAAAGUGAUGGUUCGUUUGGCAGACUGGCACAUACACUCCGCACAUAAGUUGACUCGCAGCAGAUGUUUUAAACACUUUACGUACAUUUAGCUGCUACAUACGUAUAAAAAUAUAACAAAUUGAAAACGCAAAAAAAUAACAACUAAAAAAGGAACUGUAAUUAAAAAAAUCUUAGAGAAUAUUUAUUUGAAUGUUCGGCCGAGGCGAGACCAACUACGUCAUUAUUAAAAACAUAAUUAAAAACAAUUAUGCAUAGAUAAUUUCAUUCCUACAUAUAUAAAUAUAUUGCGUAGUCCUAUGUCGCAAGUAAUAUUAACGUACGCAAAAUUUGUAGCACUGCUGUGCUUGCGCGUAAAAUGCGCUUUCAAAGUCAUUCUUAUUUUUCCUGCCUUCCAAUUCUUAUCUGUACAUACAUACAAAAGUUGGAUUCAACACUUUCAUAUUAAAGUUUAUCUAAGAAAGAUUAAUAAAUCGGGCGGAAGUGAAAGUGUUUUAGGAACUAAUUGAAUAUGUAAAUCGAUCUAUGUAAUUAGCCGGCAGUGGUAAAAAAUACAUUCACAUACAUAUGUAAAUAAAGCGAAAGAAUGUAUGCUAGCAAUAUUACAGAAAGUACACCGUUUAGGCAAUUCAACUUAUCUUAAAUGACUUGGGCACCUUAUAGCCAUUGAAUGUUUUCACCCUUUUUAACAAAACUAUUAUUUCAAUUAUUCAUUGUUAAAUAAAGAAAGUAAGAUAUAUUAAUAAUUAUUUAACAUAUUUCAUUAAGAUAUUAAUAAUUUAGUUGUGAAUACUUAUGCAUAUACAAAGAGAGCAAUUUUAUAGCACGAUGCGAGCCUUUUAAAGCACUUUGGAUUACUUAUGCUUUAAGAUUAUUUUUAAAAAGUUUAUUCAAUUAAAGCAACACACUUUAAAAACUUCAAAUUCAAACCAAUAUAUGAAAAAGUAAAUAAUACAUAA